GUGGCUUCAGCCAGGAGGAACUGCUAAAAAUAUGGAAGGGCCUGUUCUAUUGUAUGUGGAUGCAGGAUAAACCUCUGCUACAGGAGGAACUUGCAGGCAAUAUCUCACAGCUUGUCCAUGUGAUUCAGAAUACAGAGGCUCGGCACCUGUUCAUCCAGACAUUCUGGCAGACGAUAAACCGUGAGUGGAAUGGGAUAGACAAUCUGCGUCUGGAUAAGUACUACAUGCUAAUGCGUCUGAUUUUGAGGCAAUCCUUUGAAGUGCUGAAAAGAAAUGAAUGGGAUGAAAGUCUAGUUGAACUGUUGCUGCAGGUGCUAAUGAAGGAAGUUAUGGAACCAAACAGCAAUGCUCCUGGUGGGAUAAAGUUACAUUUCGUUGAUAUCUAUCUGGAUGAAUUGGCUAAAGUUGGUGCAAAGGAGCUCACAGCAGACCAGAAUCUCAAGCUCAUUGAACCUUUCUGCAAAAUUGCUGCCAGAACAAAGGACCGGGGUGUGCUGCAUGCUGUAGUCAAUGGCAUCUUUGAGAUGAUUGUGGAUCAGUCCCCCUACGCCAUCGAGGACCUAAUGAAAGAACUGGGUACCAACAGUGAUGAGGAGGAUCUUUCUGAAGAAGACAAACAGGGAAAUGAAGAGGUGCUUAAAACCAAAGGAGACAGAUGUUUGCCAAGAAAAUCAGCACAGAGCUCUGAAAGAACAGAUGAUGUGGAUGAAAAUGAUGAUGAUGGGAUCGGGACUGUUCUUCAGUUUGACUAUAAGGCUGUUGCUGACAAACUCUUUGAAUUUGCAAGCAAGAAAAAUACACCUUCCCUGAACAGAAAGCGUCUGUACAAGCUGAUCAAAAAGUUCCAGAACUUAGCAGAAGGAAUCUUUCCCCGAGAUAUUCCUAGAAAUGUUUCUUCAGAUGAAGACGAUGAUGAAUUUGAUAGGCGAAGGCGAAAGAAAAAACCUGUCAAGCCUUGGAAGCAAAACAAGUUGGAAGAAGUAAAAGAGGAUAGAGAAGAGCUGUCAAGUGUGAAGAUGCCAUCAGUUCCGCAAAAGAAGAGGAAAAAAAGGAAGAAGAGGGACAGCCCAAGUGCUGAUUCUGGAACAGCUGAUGGAAACUGUGAGGAGGGAAUAGCUGAAACAUCUGGAUCUAAUGUGUCGAGCCAGGAAAAGGUGCCAGAAAAUAACAAGGAGAGGAGGAAAAAGAAAUUGCUAGUAAAUGAGGCCAAUGAGACCACAAAUGUAGCAACUGACACCAGGGAAAAUCAGAGUAUCUCUGCGCAAAACAGCCUGACUGACGCAGAGCUGAGUAAAAAGAGUCACUUGAAGAGAAUGAAUCCCAAAGUGCAAAACGUUCCUGAAAAACCUGCGUGUCAGAAUGGACCAGCUAAUGCCAGUGCAGCAGAGGAUGUCAGCACAUCUGCCACACCAUUAACUCCUAAGGCUGUGAAAAAGAAACAGAGAGCAGGGGCUGUCCUGGUGAAUGGGGAUCCCCUUCUGCAGCAAACUGACAUGAAACCCAACGAGGAAAGCUCACCAGGGACACUGCCAAGAAAUGCAGGGUCUGAAUCUGCACCCUCUGGAAAGGUCACACUGAAGACAAAGACAAAGCUAGUUGGUUUGGAAGGGAUGAAAGCCUCCAGUCAGAAUGCAGCAGCCUUGAAAAAGAAGAGAAAAGUAAAAGAGAUGCUGAACUCUGUUGAAGCCAAUGGAGUUCUGGAGACUGCAUGCAAGAAAAGCAGGAAGGGGGAGAGCAGUGCUGCUCUGGCACCUUUAAAGAAGAAGAAAGCAAAACCAGGAAAUGAUUUUGUAAAAUUUGAAAAAUCAACUGUACCAAAGGCAGUGUUCUUCAGGAAAGCCAGGAGCACCAUCUCUUCCACCAGGACAUCCAUGCAGCUGAACAAGCUGCAGUCACCCAGCUCCAAAAAAGUCACGUUUGGCUUGAAUAAAAACAUGACUGCUGAAUUUAAAAAGACUGACAAAAGUAUAUUAGUGAGCCCAGAAGGACCUUCCCGUGUGGCUUUCAAUCCUGAGCAGAAACCCCGACAUGGAGUGCUGAAGUCAUCCACAGGCACCCCAACAGGAGAGCCUCAGAUGAAGAAACCAUUUACUGUGUCAGCUAAGAAAAGACCAACUGCAACAGACUUCUUUUAAACCAAGAGUUGUGGCCUACUUUUGUACAGGACAUUUUGCUAACCUAGAAUGUUCUCUGGAGGUAUUUUGAACUUCUUUAUUUUUUUAAGUUAAUAUGAAUUGUAUAUACAAAAUCCUGAUUGUGACCUGGGUCAUGGCUAUUUUGAAACCACUUCAGCUGUAUCUUGAAAUACUUGUUUUGUCUAUUUACAGAAAAGAAACAAAAUCCAAUCUCUGCUCAGGUUUGGUCUGCAAAAAGUAUGGUCUCUGCCCAUGUCAUUCCCAAAGGACUUGUCCAUUUGAUUAAGAAAUG